GUAUCAGAUGGGAGAUUUCAGUGGAGACACUCUCAGAGAGGUAUCAGUCCCUCUGGUGGAGAAACCAGUGUACAGCACUCCAGUUACUCUGAACAACGGCAACAGACACAAAACUGACAAGAUCAAGAUGCAGAAGAAGCCGAUCUCCGUCAGAGACGAGCUUCCCUUCGACCUGAUCAGACCAAAGAAGAAGAACAUUAGACGGGACAGAUUGUAUCCUCCACAGAGACGUCCUGGUCGACCCCCCGGCCCCUUCACCGUCAACAAGGCCGACAUCAAACAGUACGACUUCCACAGCUCUGGAGAGGACGACAGUCCGCCACCACCGCUGUCUCCUCCGUCUUCUCCUGAUGAAGAGAAUAAUCCUGAUGGAGUCUUUGUGUUCAGAAGAAAAGCUGGAUGUCAAUAUCUGUCUCCUUGUACGGAGCAGGCGGGUGGAGUCAAUCAUCCACAGCUCCUCCCUCAGUGUCUCCGUCACUCUCUGACUGAACUGACGCUCCCUCCUCAUUGGACAGGACUGAGCCGCCGCAGGAUAGGACGGGGGGGCAGGAUAAUCCUGGACCGAGCCUCAUCAGGUCUGGAUCCAGUACUGAAGCAGAUGGACUCUUUAGCACAUCCAGUCUUCAGGACCAGGACCUGCCUCCUCAGAGACCCUCUGGAGCAGAACCCCUCCCUGACUGAAAUCCUGAACAACAUCCAGACCUUGAGAAGGUUCUGCUACAGACCCCGACCAGUUCAGGACCAGAGGGAGGGGUGCAAAGGGACUACAGGGUCCUCUCUGGAGGACCGAAGACUCACCUGCUGUCGGUCACCUGACACCAACUCUGGAUCAGCAGGGGGCAUCACAGAGGAGCAGUACCACAGUCAUCAGCAGCAGCUGGUUCAGAUGCAGAAACAACAGCUGGAACAGCUGCACAACAACAACUCUGCUUCAUACAGACACACAGCGCUGCAGAGGUCACAGUCUACCAGGUCAGGUGAGUCUGGUUCAAAGACUCUGGACUCAGCCAGCGCUCAGUUUGCAGCCUCUGCUGUGAUCAGUGCUUCUCCUCUUCCUCCUCUUCCUACUCAUGGUGUCAUCAACAGAGAGAACAAACCCUACAAGACCAGCAUCAACGGAGUCCACCAUACUUCAG